UUUAGAUAAGAAAAGAAAAAGAAAGGAAAAAGAGGUUUCCUUUGUUUCGGUUUUCAAUCCCUUGUCUCUUCUUUCAUCUCUUGACUCCUGACUCUUGUUGCUCAGUUCAAGGAAUGUCAGAGUCUAUUCUAGAGGCAAUCGUUAAACAUGUUGUGGGCGGCUUUUCUUCGCAGAUUAGGAUGCUCCGGGAUUUCGAUGAUGCGAUUGAAAAGCUUAGGAACACGAUCUACACAACCCAAGCUCAACUUCUUGAUGCUGAGGAUAAGCACGCCACCACCGGUGAUAUAGCACUCAACCACUGGGUCGAAAAGCUGAAAGAUGCCUUUAACGACGCUGAGGACUUGCUGGACCUUGUCUCCUCUACAGACUUGAUGACCAAAAUGGACAAAGAGGUACGUAUCUUCUUCUCAUGCUCGAAACAGCUCACUUUUCGGCUUAAGAUGGCUCAAAAAGUAAACGCAAUUCUGGAGAGGUUGAAUGAUAUUGAAAUUGAAAGGUUAAUCUUCAAUAUCGAUCUACGUAAGCCUCCAGUGAUGAGAUCAGGGGAUAAAGAAGAACUGGUUUUUGGGAGAGAGGAUGAUAAGAAAGCCAUUACAAAGGUUUUGUUGGAUUCUGAAGACAACCUUUCAGUCAUUCCUAUAGUUGGAAUUCGAGGAGUUGGGAAGACCCUUUUGGCUCAAUUGAUAUUUAAAGACAAGAAUGUGGAAAACCAUUUCAACCUACGACUUUGGGUGUGUUUGUCGGUUUCUGAUGUCUUUGAUGUUAAAUUAAUUCUUAAGAAAAUGGUGGAAUAUUUAAGGCAGAUCAGUCUUGAAAAUCCUCCUAUGGAUAAAUUGCAAAGUUUCGUCCGAGAAAAUAUUGCUGGAAAGAGAUAUUUGCUUGUUUUGGAUGGUGUCUGCAAUGAAGAUCAAGUAGAAUGGUUGAGUUUGAAAAAAGAGUUGAUGGGUGGUGACAGAGGAAGUAAGAUUCUGAUAACUACACGGUCAUUCUUAGCUGGAGAAAUAGCAGGCACUACUCCACCCUAUGUUUUAAAAGGCUUGUCGGAAGAGCAAUCAUGGUCUUUAUUGUGUCAUGUUGCCUUUGAAGAAGGCCGAGAGCCAUUGAGACCAGAAGUAUUAGAAUAUGGUAAGGAGAUUGUAAAGAUUUGCAGAGGCCUUCCUUCCAUGAUAAAGCUAAUGGGAAAUGGGUUGUCUGCUAAACGACCAGAUGCUUCAUCAGGGAUCAAGACUAUUGAACCUUUUACGGAAAGUAGUACACACUGUAAUUUUUUACCAGUCCUAAAGCGGAAGGAGUGCUUUGCUUAUUGUUCAUUGUUUCCUGAAGAUUGUAUAAUUGAUAAGAUGACACUUAUAAAACUUUGGAUGGCCCAAGGAUUCAUCCAUUCCUCAAAUGGAAACCAACACAUGGAGGAUGUUGGUGAUGAGUAUUUUAUGAGUCUACUUCGGAAUUCAUUAUUUCUGGAGUUCAAGAAAGAUGAAUGGGGCAAUGUAUUGAGUUGUAGAAUGGAUGAUUUAAUUCGUGAUGCGGCAGUGUUUGUAGCUGGUACUGGAAGCACCAUCAUAGACAUGAAGGCGGAAAUUAUUAAUAAAAGAUCUCGUCAUUUUUUGUUUUGUUCUAGUUUACAUUCAUCACGGGAACUUCUGGACCAAUUGCUUAAAGCCAAGAAGUUGCGGACGUUUCUUUUGCCAACUCAAUAUAAGGGAAGGUUGGAUAAAGCAAUUAUUGAUAAACUUAUUUCAAGAUUUAAGUAUUUGCGUGUGUUAGAUUUGCAUGAUUCGGGGAUUGAAAUGGUUCCACCUUCAAUUGGUAACUUGCUAUUGUUAAGGUAUCUUGAUCUUUCUGGGAACGAAGACAUCAACCUGUUGCCCAUUUCAAUUACAAGGCUACUAAAUCUGCAAACUCUUAAGCUCUCCUCUUGUGUUAACCUUAAAGAAUUGCCUAGAGAUAUUUGGAAGUUGGUCAAUCUUAGACACCUUGAGAUUGGUGGAUGUAAAAGUUUGGCUCAUAUGCCAGACGGACUUGGGCAGUUAACUAGACUUCAAACAUUACCUUUAUUUGUGAUUGGCAAGGGCACUGCCAGCUUGGGGAAGACUGGCGGGCUAAGUGAAUUGAUGGGGUUAAACAACUUGAGAGGAGAGCUAACAAUUUUGAAUUUGGGACAUAUCAAAAUUGAUACUUCAGAAUCUAAUGCUGCCAACUUGGAAAGCAAAGGAUUCCUUCAGGCUGUCAGAUUACAGUGGGAACCAAUAGUAGGUGAUGUUGAUCCGGCCAAUGAUGAAGCACUUCUUGAAACCCUCAGGCCACACCCAAAUGUGGCUCUAUUAGGCAUUGAAGGGUAUAUGGGCUUAAAUUUUCCCAGUUGGAUGAAGGAUGAUAUAUUUUGGUGCCUCCCAAAUCUUGUUGCAAUUAAUAUAAGCAGGUGUUCCAAAUGCCAGCAUCUACCAUCAUUGAGUCAUCUCCAUUGUCUCAAGACUCUAUAUGUUGGAGAAUUAACUUCUCUUGAGGUCAUAGAAGAGAGGGAUCAUGAACCCUCAAGGGGCAAUCUGGUUGGAGGCAGUGGAAGACAACCAGCACCAUCUUCAGCAGCACAUUUCUCAAGCCUAAAGGAAUUAACGCUCUAUAAAUUGCCUAAUCUGACAGGAUGGAGGAUGAGGAGGGAAGGAGUCGCAGCAAAGAAUCAACAAUUUCCGUUAUUCCUGUCAUUUCCUUGUCUCUCUAAAUUGUCUAUAGAGCAUUGCCCAAACCUGACAUCUAUGCCUCUUUUUCUAAAUCUUGAAGAAGAUUUGAAGCUGACUGAUGUCAGAAGGGAGCUUUUACAACAGCAGUCAAUGAUGGUGAAACAAACAAUAGCAACUUCCUUAACCUCUUCUACUUCGAUUUCUUCUUCUUCAUUCCCCUCCUUUUCAACUUACUCCCCAUUUUCCAAAUUGAAGUCUCUGCAUAUUGCAAGCAUCAAGGAUCUAGACGGCAUACAAUGGCAAAGCCUCAGGAACCUCCGUUCACUGGUUCUUAUCACUAUUUCAAAUCUGGUGUAUUUACCUGACGAGAUUCAAUAUGCGACCACACUGCAACAUCUUAAGAUUGUAAACUGUUCUAACUUGAUGACCUUACCAGAGUGGAUGGGCAACCUCAUGUCACUUCAGAAGCUUGAAAUAAGCCAAUGCCCCAAUUUAACAUCACUGCCUGAUGAGAUCUAUCACUUACAGAAACUCAUAAUCUCAGACUGUCCCAAAUUAUUGGAAAGAUCCCAUACCGAAACAGGUGUGGAUUGGCCUAAAAUAGCUCACAUCUCAAGUUUGCACAUCACCUGAAUUGUGAGAUAUAAGUAAAGCUUUUCUUGCAUAACUAAGAAUGUGCAGCUUCUCUGAUAAAAAAAAAUAAAAAAAUUUCUGCUUCUUCUGGCAUGUACAACACAUUUCAGUUUUAUUUGUUCAGAUUCAAAUGAUUUAUGUAAUUAUUUUUUCCUCAUUUUGUCCAAUGAACUCGCCCACAGUGAAAAGAUUUUGAAGAAUUUCUCAGUAAUUUAAGCCAAUUUCAGCAUGGGACAUGGAAAGGUUAAAAGCUGGUUCUUGUUCAAACCUACUGGCACUCCAAUGCAGCAACAGCUUAGUGAGGAGAGCAACUAAUACACCACUAAGAAGGAAUGAGCGUAUCCAAGUUGAGGGAAUGAAAAAAGGUAGAAGAAGACCAAAAAUCAUAUUAGUAGAAGUAAUAAAAAAGAACAUGUCAAUUAAAGGAGUAUAGAUAAUAUGACUUUAGAUAGAGUAGAAUGGAGACAAAAGAAUACAUAUGGCGGACCCUAACUAGGAUGUUGAGGAUCCAUAGCCGACCCCAGAAUUUUAGGACUAAGGCUUUGUUUGUUAUUGUUGUAUUUAUGAUGGAUGAUCAAAUCUUACAAGUAGACUAAACCAUCUUUACUGCUGGUAAAGGGUGAUUUCUACAUUUCUUUCCCUGGCAGCUUCUUGUGGAUUGACAGGCACCAAUGUCGUGCUACUUAUAAACAAUUCAGGGUGGCUUAAUUUAAUGUUUCAUUAGGGGCAGGAAAAACUUCAAAUAUUUCAAAUAUAAGUUUUAUUUUUUUAAUUUAUCAUUUAGGACAACAAAAUCUCCUAUGAAAAUGUACCUGGCACUAUUAUUUUUUAUCAGUUUACAUACAGAUUCCUGUCCUGUUAGCCAAAACAACAUGAAAUAUAAGAUGUAAAACCUUGAUGCAUUUUCUUCUACUUGUUAGAAGUACCUAGCAGUCCACUGCUUCCACAUGUUCAUACAUCUACUAUUGAUCUCCUCUGUAAAUUGAUUGAAGACACACCUUAUUCUCUUUUAUAUUUUUCUCAUGAGAGGUUUUUCAAGUUUAAAGCAGAAAACAAAGGUUACAUAGGUGGUGCUUUCUUUUCUUAGACCUAAUGGGGACUAAAAUAACUGAGUAAUUAUUACUUAUUCUUUUUGUCAGUUCUUCCCUCAUAGAAUUUUCAUUCUGAAUAUGAUACGUUCACAUUGGUUGAUGUAUGAUUAUUAUUACUGUUCUUAUGA